AUGGGCAUUCACGACCAGCUCCUUGCCCUGCGCUGGAUAAAACGCAACGUCGAGGCUUUUGGCGGAGAUCCCGACCAAAUAACCUUGGUCGGUCAGAGUUUCACGACUCAGGGACUCGAUGGCUUCUUCCCAGUCAUAGGAGAUGACCUGAUUCCUGUAAGAGUAGGGAAGGCUUUGAAUAGCCGGAGGCUAAACGCACGCGAGCUCCUGGCCGGUAUCUCAUCAGCCGAAGGUGACGGACUCAUUGAUUUUGUGGCUAAGGGGUUCCGCGAUAACACCGACGCCGCUGACAUAACGAAGAGGACGAUGGUAUUCUUCGCCAGAGGCAUGAUGAUCACCCUGUUGGACCUAGAGUCUCAGUCAAUUAUCGAUCAAUACUUCGGCGGUCCGAACGUCGGGGAUGGCGUCGAAGCCGUACACGCUGCUGCUGACCUUCUAGGCGACAGCCAGUUGGGAUGUCCUAUGCUGGGAUUUGCCAAAAGGUUUCUUGGUCCAGACACUGCCGUCUUCAUGUACAAGUUCUCGCAGCAGCCAUCGAAGAUUGGGUGGCCGACGUGGGUGCGCCCGACACAUGCGGACGAAAUUGCGUUCGCCUUAGGUUCUGUGUUUAAACUUGAAAGUGACGUCUCUGAUAAUGAUGCCAAGGCUGCGGAGAACUUCAUGCAUAUUAUUUCGACGUUCAGUCACACCGGAGUACCACGAGUCCCUGACAACAACACCUGGCCCAAGUUUGGUGAAGAACGUGAUUACAUGGAAAUUGGAAAAGAAGCCAACGUCAACAGAAAGCACCUUCUUGGGCCUGCGUGCAACAUUUGGGAGGAACAAAAGCCCUAUAAUUGA